AAGCUAUAAAUCCUCUUUUUCUACCAAAGAUUCUAAAUCAAAAUCUGCUUCACUGACGCCAAACCUUCUAGGGUUUGAGAUUUUAGCAUUCUGCAAUGGCAGAGAAAGCGCCAUCGCCGGAGCCCAAACCACCAACUGAAGCCAUGGAUGUCGAAACCCUUGAUUCAUCCGCCCAAAACCCCAAUGCCAAGGACGACGUCAACGGUGACUCUAAAUCGAAGCGCGAGAGAGAAGAAGACGGCGAAGAAAUCGACGAUGCAUCCAAAAAGCAGAAGCUGGAGAAGUCCGUAGAGGAGGAAAGGCUUGAGAAGAAGUCGGACUUACCCGAGUCGAGUCCUGUCCGUCUCGGUCCGAAAGAGUUCGGGACAUCGGCGGAAAUGUUUGGUUACUUUGUCUAUUUGCUUCAUCAUUGGGGUACUCAACUGAACUUCAACAAGUAUGAACAUAUGGUAUUGCUGGACUUGCUUAGAAAAGGCCAUCUAGAGCCUGAGAGAAAGAUUGGUGGAGGCAUCAAAGCUUUCCAAAUCCGAAAUCAUCCUGUGUGGAAUAGUAAAUGUUUCUUUGUGAUUAGGGAGGAUGAAACUGUUGAUGAUUUUAGCUUCCGGAAAUGUAUUGAUCACAUACUCCCCUUACCUGAUGAUAUGAAGAUAAAACACAACGCAGACAGUGCACCACAAGGUGGUGGUUGGAAAGGACGUGGUGGAAAAGGAGUUGGACGAGGCCGUGGGAAAGGUGGUAAGCCUAGACACUAAGGCAAUAGUUGUUAAAAUGAAAUUGAAUUUGGAUUAAAGACUUUUAUUUGAUCAAAACUGCUUUGUUUUGAUUUUAUAUCUGACCUUAGGUUGUUGAUGUUUUCUGAAAGUUAUGGAUAUUGAUGUUAUCUUCUGCCGUA